GGGAGACGUUCACAGCGAACCAAAGUGCCCCACGGGAUGACGUCGUCGCUGGCGCACGGGCUGCGGCGCGGUGCCUCGUACUAAAUGGAUGCGCGGGGAAUGGACGAGCAAGACGCACAGCCGGUCAGACCGUCUCUCUCUCUCACACACACACACACACACACACACACACACACGCGGGAUUUCUCAUCAUCACACUUUCACUCGUGAGGAUUUUCUUUUUUGCCUGUUUGGGGUUUGUUUUUUUUUCUUUUUCUUUUUUCUUUGCAGGGAUACGUGUUGUGUGACCUCUAUAACUGUAUUCUUUAUUAUAGGACUCGAGUGGACACAGCAUGCUGUCAUCCCUGAAGACCCUGCUGCUGCUCUCGGUCCUGUGCACGCCGACCUCCGGCCUGUGCCUCCGCCUCGACCACGCGCGCUCCGGCCUGCUGUGCGAUGACCGGAUGGCCGCCGACGAGGACGAGCGGGGCUUCUCCCCCGCGGACGGCUGGGGGUCGCUCCUGCAGUCCGCGGAGUACCUGGCGUCCUCCUCCUCCUCCUCCUCCUCAUCCUCCACCUCCUCCUCAUCAUCAUCCACCUCCUCCUCGUCCGCCGAGACCAGCCGAGAGAGAAGGACAUCGAGUCCCGCGAACUACCGCUUCAUGAGCCGGACGAAGCUCAGGGGGCAGAUGCUCCGCAACAGCAGCAAGGGGGACCGGAGGAGCAGGCUGACCCUGUCGCUGGACGUCCCGACCAACAUCAUGAACGUCCUCUUCGAGGUGGCCAAGGCCAAAAACCUGCGCGCCAAGGCGGCGCAGAACGCGCGUCUCCUGGCGCAGAUAGGACGCAGAAAGUGAACCUGCUGGACAAACUUUGGCCGCGCACGUGUUGGCCUCGUCACUCAGACAGUUAUGAAUUUCCUGUUCACUUUUAAAGUCGUUGUGUUGGUUUGUUUCUCCGGGACAACGGUGUUUAAGUAUCCACUCCCGCUCCAGGUAAAAGAAGCAUUUCUGUUAUCGCGGUUUCUCAAUUGCGCCAAUGCGAAAGAUUAUUCAUCAUCCUCUUUGCUCCAAUCAAAACACUGGGAAAACAAAUCCGUCCAUCAAUCAGUUGACUUGUCCACGCUCUUUGCUGAAAAAGUUAUUUAAGUUAUUCGUCUUGAAUCGAGACAAAAACAGGUCAAGAGCAACAAGGAAACAUUUGAGUUAUGACAAGAAUGGAUGAGAAGGUUUGCAUUGUAAACAAGUAAAAUUCUAGCACACUCUGGAUGGUUCAUAUUUCUAUAAUUAAUAGUAUUGUUAUCAUAGUUAUUGCAGUGCAGAAAUACCAUUUCUGUCAAAUGAAUGCUUAAUGGGUUUAGUUUCCCCCAAAGUCAUCCAAUUUAAAUCUUGGACUUGUGAUUAUCAUUUUUGAAAUUUCCUUUGCAAAGGACCAGUGAAAUGUUUUUGAAACUGUUGCAUUGUCAUCACAUUAGAUUUGAUAUGAUUACACUUAUCUCCAUGUUUUUUUUCUUGUCCUUGCUGCUUCAUUUGCGACUUUAUACAGAUGGUUUUGUUGUUCCCGAGUUCACAUGCAGGCGCCUGUGACGAUUCCCCAUUUCCUAGAGUGCAUAAAACACAGACCAACUGCAAGCUGGUGAUACAUAGUAAAAAUGCAAAAUGCAUGGGAAUGUAAGUGCUCAUCAGAUGUCUGUUAUUUUUAUACAAUUCAAAAUAAAGGAUUAUUUUUCCUCAAAUAAAGCAGAUGGAACUAA